AUGGACACAUCAGACGACGGCUUCGUCCUCGUCUCUCACGCAGACACCCACCCCACAUGCACAUCAGCCUCACCUUGCUCAUUAGCCCCAGCCUCAUCAACCUCAACCUCCUCAUCAUCACCACCACCACCUUUCCUAGAUGAAAUCUCCUCCAUCGUAACAGACCUCGCCGACGCACUAUGGCCCGUCAACAAAACCAUCCACGAUAACCCGGAACUCGGCUACCGCGAGUUCAUCGCCCACGACACCCUAGUAGCCUUCAUGCGCACCCAGCCAGCAUGGAAAGUCACACCUUCAGCCUACGGCAUGAAAACCGCCUGGGUCGCCGUCUGGGAGAGCGGGAAGAAGGGACCGGUCGUGUCGUUUAAUGCCGAGAUGGACUGCCUCCCAGGAAUAGGCCACGCCUGCGGCCACAAUCUAAUAGCAACAGCCUCCCUAACAGCAGCCCUCGCAACCUCAACCCUCCUCGCCCGCCACGCCCUCCCCGGCAAACUCAUCCUCUACGGCACCCCCGCAGAAGAAGGCGGCGGCGGCAAAAUCGCCCUCCUCAAAGCCGGCGCAUACAACCCCACCACCUGUCCCGGCUCCCCCAACCGCGCACCAGACAUCAACCUCAUCUCCCACCCGGGCAUCGUCUCCUCCACCGCCCUCAUGCGCACCUCAGCCUACACCUCCCUCCGCCUCGAAUACUUUGGCCGCGAAGCCCACGCCGCAGCGAACCCGUGGCUCGGCAUCAACGCGCUCGACGCGCUGGUCGUGGCGUAUACUUCGAUUUCCGUGCUGAGACAGCAGACGCGGCCGGGCGACGUGAUUCAGUGCAACAUUUCGGACGGCGGCGCGCGGCCGAAUAUCAUCCACGCGUACGCGGCGGCGAAUUUCGUCGUGCGGUCGGAUACCCAGCCGCGGCUCUCUGAACUUUUGAAAAAGGUGCAAAAGUGCUUCGCUGCGGGGGCAGAGGCCACGGGGGCGACGUGGAAAGUUACGUUUACGGGGGCGUAUAAAGACCAUGUGCCGAAUCGUGUGCUGGGGCGGUCGUAUACGCGGUACUUUAACGCCCUACUCGGUUCUGGUGGUGACGGAGACGGUGACAACGACGCUCCGAUCCCGACGGACGAAGAUGUGGACGAGAUUCGCGGGCGGACGAUGGCGAGUACGGACCAGGGGGAUAUCAGCUACGCCAUGCCCUCCCUCAGCGUCGGCUUUGCGAUUCCACCCGGGAAGGGAGGCCAAGGCCCGCAUAACCCGGAGUUUGCGGAGGCGGCGGGCACGAGAGUUGCGUUUGAGAGGAGUUUGCGGGUUGGAAAGGGGCUGGCUGGCGUUGCGGUUGAUGUUUUGACGAGGAAGGGUAUGGUGGACGAGGUGAAGGCUGCUUGGAGAAGGGAUAUGGGGAUGUGA